GGAGAUACUCCUAUGAGCCGUGCAACAAAGAUCCAUACAGUGAGCCCUGAAACUGACAUCUUUCUGGGGAAAACAGCAAAGAGAUAUCCCACUCGACCUUGCGCCAGAGACGAGGAUGAUGGUGACAGUGGAUGGGAGACCGUCAGCCACGCAGAGGAGCAAGGCUCUAGCAAUUCGCCCGAUGGGAGCGAACCAUCGGUAAACGGUUUCUGUGGAGGAAACGGCGCGUCAGCAAGUGGAACCGACUGGGAAGAAGAUAACUGUGAGAAGUGCAGAUCAAGUAGCGGCAUCACCGGUAUCUGUUCGACAGCUGGAGAGAGGCACCCGAAGAAGGCGUCGUCUUUUGCCCGACUGUGGAGAUCAUCAAACGGCGACGGCGGGAGGAGAACAGGUUCCGAGUUACUGAAUGGUAGGCUCUCAAGCAGCAGGAUGCCCGAUGCCGCUCUUUCCCCUGAUCUCAAGAACGGUGAGGCGUGCCAAGUCUCACCGGGUGUUGGGGAAUGGAGUCCGGACCUGCUGAACCCUCAUGUGGUCCGUGCUAUGAAAGGGCGCGUCGAAUGGCCCCAGCCCCAGGGCACCCAAAAGCGCAGCCUGAAGUCCAAACUCGUGAACGCAAGGACCAAUGGACGUAAGGUACAGCUGCACCAAGCGCUAGGACAGAUGAUAUAGUAUGGCAUGCUCGUUCAUACUAGUCGUCGUCAGAAAGAACACCAUGGUCUUUGCCUGGUGAGGGAGGUAUCUGAAGCGGACACCUUUGCCUGUUGAGGGAGGUAUCUGAUGCGGCAUUGGUCCUCCAUCGAGUGUUAUAGCUCGCUGCCCUUGUAGUUGUAGAGCAUUUAGCUCGCUUAGAAAAAUAGUGACCUCCGAUGCUCCGUGUAAUCAAAUGUAACAGCAGUAUUAUUUACGGUAUAUUAUUUUUUCCCCGGACGUUACUC